AUGUAUGCGACUUGUGGCUGCUUCACAGUCUGGUUUUCUACGGCCGUUGUUCUCCCUGCAGCCCUGUCUGAGCUUGCUACGAAGAACCUGACGUCACUGGAGCGCUUCCACCGGCGCAUCUCGCAGCACGAACUAUACCGCGCGGGGGACCCCGUGAUCGAAGACGUGCUGCGCGACCUCGCCACGCAGCGCAUCGUGCACGUCAGUCAAAAAGAUGGAGGCACUCAAAUCAAGCUGGUCAUCGACUACGCUAACCAGAUGCAAGCUCUGUUCAAGCCUAUGCGGUUUCCUCGGGACCAGCAGACACUGCCCAAUCACUUCUACUUCACAGACUUCGAGCGGCACACGGCAGAGAUCGCCUCCUUCCACCUGGACAGACUGCUCGGCUUCCGGAGGGCGAUGCCGGUGUCGGGGCGCGUGCUGAACAUGACGAGCGAGCUGUACGAGCUGGCGGACGGAGAGCUGCUCAAGACGUUCUUCGUGUCGCCGUCGGACAACCUGUGCUUCCACGGGCGCUGCUCCUACUACUGCGACACGGCGCACGCCAUCUGCGGCAGCCCGGACACGCUCGAGGGCAGCUUCGCCGCCUUUCUGCCCGACAAGGCGGUCGCGCCGCGCAAAGUGUGGAGGCACCCCUGGCGGCGCUCCUACCACAAGCGCCGGAAGGCCCAGUGGGAGAACGACCCUGACUAUUGCUCGCUGGUGCGCGACAUCCCGCCGUACGACAGCGGGCGGCGGCUGCUGGACCUGAUGGACAUGGCGGUGUUCGACUUCCUGACGGGCAACAUGGACCGCCACCACUACGAGACGUUCCGCAUGUUCGGCAACGACACGUUCCCGCUGCACCUGGACCACGGGCGCGGCUUCGGCCGGCCCUUCCACGACGAGAUGUCCAUCCUGGCGCCCGUCAUACAGUGCUGCCUGCUGCGGCAGUCGACGCUCACCACGCUGCUCAGGUACCACAACGGCCCCCGCAAGCUGAGCGACGCGAUGCGGGACGCGAUGCAGAAGGACCCAGUGGCGCCGGUACUGUGGGAGCCACACCUCGCCGCGCUGGACCGCCGUGUGCGCAUCGUGCUGCAGGCCGUGCGCGACUGCGUUGCCCGGGACGACGCCGUCGAGGCGGUGGUGCGCAACGACGCUGACGGCGACGCCGCCGACGCCGCCCCCGCCGCCCCCGCAAGCGGCUCCUAGCGGCGGCGCGCGCGGCGGCGGCUGCGGCAGCGCCAGCGGAGGCGCCUGCACCCGUAGCCGCCCCCGCGCACCACCCCUCGGACAGCCGACAGUCGUCGGACACUAUGUGUUUACAGUGGACUCUGCUCUCGUGUGAUGGUCGUCGCAAAAGUAAACAACAACCUAGGGACCACGCUGCUUCCAUAGCGCCCGCUCCAAAACUCGUGUCCUACUCUUUCUCUACAGCUACACUGAGUUUCACCAGUUCUCUGCUGAACCUGUAAAUGUACAUGUGUACACACGACACGAGAUGCGUGCUUUUUUUCUACCGACCAAUUCCCAACAAAGAAGGGGAACUUCGCCAUAUCUAAACUGACAUAUACCGCUCAGAAUAUUUCACACAAAUGUUCCUAAACGCAAAUCACAGCGUUAACGCAUACGAUACAGCUAGUCCUGUACGCUUUUUGGUCUGCAAGUAAAUGCCGUAUUAUCCUCCGCAUUGCGUACAAGAAAGCAACGAACUCUCCGCCGGCUCUUCUCUCUAGCCAGUACGAACUGAUACGCACAGUAUAACUCGACCUCUUUGCUAGGAAUGCAGCGAGCGUAACGAUCGCCUCCUAGGUCCGGGGAGAAGUGUAAUGGGAACAAGCCCCGCCUUCUUCUCGUAGGACAUGCAGCACAAUGAAAAUAACGUUGCAUUCAUAGAGCCUACCAAAAUGCUACGAUCUGUGACACUGUUUUCUAGGAAAAGUUGACAAUGGCGGAAACACUCCGUACAAGCGCGAAGUCAUCUAACUUCAUUCGACUCCUUCGCUCCCAGAAAAGUGCCAAGUUAUACUGUGCGUAGUGUAGUUUCAUUUGUAAAUGCACACUCUUUGCCGAUUCACAAACUUUCCCCGCCAGUGACAAGACCAGCUGAUAUCACAAGCUCUUUACCCUUCUUGGUCGUGACGCACCAAGGACUGAAGACACUUGUGGUGACGUGUUUAAUAAACAUGUAUUACCAACGACGCUAAAGAAGUAAUUGCAAUCCAAACAAAUCUUCUGACUCACAAUGUUUAGGGACUCAUUUGACUACGAGAUAAUUCUAUUACGUCCCUAUUAUACAGAAUGUUCCAUAAAAACAUGAAGAACAUGAGAAAUGCAGAAAUAAGAAAAGCAUGUCCGUAAAGAUGGCCUCUAAAAUGCAUGCUUGAAGAGGUAUGAUCACUUGUUCAUCUUUGAUACUGUGAAAUAGUUCUCUUCUACUGCAAGGUCUUAGCUAUCCAAAUUUGAGGAAGAAGUAUUGACCAAAACUAGGAAAACAUUUCCAGUAAAUGUGGGCUCUAAGAUGAAUACCUUAAGAGCUAUGAGUAAUUGUUCGUCUCCGCUAGUGUGAAAAACAUCUCUUCUACUGAACAGGUCCUCAUAGCUCUUAAGGUAUGCGUUUCAGAAUCCAUGUUUAUUGGAAAUUUUUUCCUUGUUUUGGUCCAUACUACCUCUUCCAAAAAUAGAAAAAGCAAAGAGCUUGCAGUAGAAGAGAUGUGUUUCGUAUCAAGGUCAAGUACUCAUACCUCUCAAGAUAAUCUUUAAAGCCUCUGCUCAUUAGACUUUUUUUCUUGUUUUCGUGUAACGUGUGUCAGUGAUUAUUUUGGGUGGGUGUAUAUCGUGCCAUACACAGGAAAAUUCACCUAGCCAUAACGUCGUCUUAGAUACCAAAUAAACACAGAUACAUUUCUCUCUUCCAUACCUUUUACUCCGCAAUACAAUGAGAAAUCUUGAAAAGUCCUAAGCAGUUGCAGACUGGCUUUCUGUAGAUUGCAACUCUUCUAAAUACUUAAUUAAGACGGAGAUUCUCCUAUCAGUCCACGCGUUGUUGCGCUUCAAGUACAAUGCAAAACAAUAAAAAAACUGCAAAAGGAGCAUGGUUCAACCGAAGUAUCAGUCUAUCGUUAAAGCGAUAUCAAAAUUACGAAAAAUAGUUAUCAGUGCCACUGUAUCGAUAUGGCUUCCAAGGCGACACUUACAGACGUGGUAAGCAAUAUGUAAUUAGUAAGGAACACCGCAUGGUUCACGACACAUACUCCCACAAGAUGUACAAAAGAGACAGACAAAAACAAAGUAUUUCUUUAAUAUUAUAUCGUGCUGAAUGCUCAACAAAAUAGUGAAAGAAUACUCUGAAAAAUUUAUAACAACUUCCUCGUCUAGUCUACUGAUCUAUGACUUUUUGCGAAUUGUUACCAGAAACCAGAAGCCAUUGUCUUUGAGCGAAGCAAUGCGGACAGAUAAUACAGCUAUAUGUGUACUCUUAGGCCUUUUUCGUUCGUGACGCUACAGUGUAGUCCCUCCAGGCCCAUAUUUGAAUCACAACAACAUGCUGUCACAGUAAAGUAAUGGAAAAGGCUACAGUUAACUUUUAACUGUGGCCACUUUAAAACUAUUGUUUAAAGACUUUUAUGGGUUCCAGAAACAGUCAAACAUUAUCUGAGUGAGUGUUCCAGUUCUUCGUUCUCAGUGACUCAAUUGCAGGACGGUAUAUUGCAGCGUGAUUCGUCAUUGGUCGCUUUACAGCAGAUUACAUAUCAUACACUGAUAAGUUUGUGAGACAAUAGUGUGUGAAACGUCCUUCUACACUAUUUGUUAGUUCCAAGAACUGUUUCAUACGGCCUGAAUAGAAGGGCCAUCAGUGGCUGUGACAAUAUGGUGAUUUGCGACUAUUAUCCGGUGGUUUUUCCUUUUUUGGUACGUGGACAAUGAGACGCCUGUGGUUAUUCAAUAUGUAGGCCUGAUAGUGCUUCAUCUGUUAAAGCCAGCAGUCAGUCGAAUGUUUGCGGAAAAAUGAGUAUAACGUUACCGCUUAGCCAGUGCCGUGAAGAUGCAUCCGAGCAGAUGUCUAAAGCUGUCAGCAUUAUGUGAAGAUCUGUUAUUUUUGUUGUUACAUUGGUCUGUGUACAUAACACGGUUAAAUUAUGUUGAAAUAUAACUGUUAAUUGUGUGAAAAUUACAAUGCAAGCCUAUAUUCAUGUUCUGUUGGGAAACUGACCUUGUUUAAUAACAAAUAAAGCUGUUGUACAGAA